CCAUCACCGACUAAAUCUCCCGUCAACAAAGAAAACUCUCAUCAACACCUUCAUUAAUUAUCACAUUCCAAGAUGUCUGACGACGAAGAGAACUACGAUGGCGGUUUCUCCCCAGCCUACGAUGAAGCCGAAGAGCCCGAGUAUGAUCCUGAGGGAAUGGAAGAUAUGAACAACGUUUCUACAGGUGAAGUCGACGAUGUCGCCGUAUCGACUCAGAAUCCCGAUCAACUCCUCACUACCGGCGAGCGCGGUGUCGUCACAUCGGGAGAUGUGCAUGCUGCCAAUCGGGCCAAAAGCAACAUUGCGCCCAAGGACAAGAAAAUUCCAAAGGAGCAAAGAACUACCACACCCUACAUGACCAAAUACGAGCGUGCGCGUAUCCUAGGCACUAGAGCCUUGCAAAUUAGUAUGAAUGCGCCGAUUUUGGUUGAUCAGGAGGGUGAGACGGAUCCAUUGCAAAUUGCGAUUAAGGAGUUGAGGGAUAAGAAGAUUCCGCUGAUCGUUAGACGUUAUAUGCCCGAUGGAUGGUACGAAGAUUGGACUUGCGAGGAAUUGCUGCAGUGAGGGAUGAUGGUGGCCAUCCACUUGCAUUUGCGGUAAUACUUGCGGGAAGACGCAUGGAAUGGGCGAUUGGCGUAUGAAAGGCGUUUGCUUACAUGUAAUUGGAGAUGGUCUACUUUGAGAAACACAUGGAUAAAAUCGGCCUUGAUGAUGGUGAACAUGCUUCGACGCGUCGCCUAAGGUUACAAUAUCAUUUAAAACGCUUGCGCAGCUUCCAGUCACAGAAUGAGCUCCGGUUUGACUCGAGUAUUCGAAAACUAUGCAUUGCUUUGAUCGGCCGGUGAGUGCAUUUGGCUUUCUAGAUUCAUAUAUGGGCCUCAUUCCUGAACAAUCAAUUUUACGAAUUUGGGUUCGGAGCAGCUUUCAUCCAGAACAGUCGAUUACGUUGAAGGCACGAUCUUCUACCUACCCAGAACAAGAAUAUUCGUGCAAAGUCGACAUCUCAAAUCGAAUUCUUUGGAGCAGUGAAAGUGCUUGGGGUCCUAUCUGUCCAUCUUGCAGUCUUCGCGCAGACAAGAUAUAUGCUACUUUCCUGCGCCUCACAAAUUUAGAUAUACAAGUUUAGGCAAUUUGUUACAUAAGAAGAAUCGCUAAAUAUAGUUUUUAAAGCUUAUGACUAUUUACAUGAUC